AUGCUGCGCGUCACCGCCGGGGUCAACAAGAAUUCGACGAUCAACGACGCCUGCGUGCUGUUCGUGGGGAAGCGCAACAAUGUCAAGAAGCUCGACCCAGCGUUGGCGAUCGCCAAACUGGGCGGCGUGGCCAAUGGGGGUGAAAUGUGGGAAGGGGCGCUGAAUGCGGCCUACGACGAGGGAUCGUCGCCGAUUUAUCUCAACCGGGCAAAGGUAAUCACCGUCCCAGAGACCGUCUCGCGCGGAAACGCCCCCUCUAACUCGGUCGCCAUCUUCAGGGAGGUCAAGAAAAAUGUGCCAUCCAGUGCAAUGAGCCUCUCGGUCGUGCUCGUGGCUGAAUACGCGGACGUUGUUGCUCAAGUCGCAGCGAUCGCUCGAGCUUUCCCGAAAUACUCGCUCAAAACGAAGCCCGAGACGCUGGAGGAGAUCAAUAUCGAGGUGGUGGUGGUCGAUGGGGAGUUGUCCUCCUCGGACGUGGAGUACCUCAACAGUCUCUCUACGGCCAUUCGGGAGACACAACGGCUGAUUGAUAUCCCGGCGAACUUCUUGACGACUGACGCACUCGUCGAAGAAGCCAUCAAACUCGCUGGUGAACUCCCCGGAGCUUCGGCGGCAUCUACCACGUUGGCAAAAGCCGGACCCACACCGCCUGCUUUUGUCGUGCUCAGCCACAAGCCGGCAGGCAGCAACCACACUUACGCCCUGGUCGGCAAGGGCAUCGUCUACGACACGGGCGGCAUGCAGAUCAAGGGAAAGACUGGGAUGCCGAACAUGAAGCGAGACAUGGGAGGCGCCGCCGGGAUGCUGCACGCCUUCGCCACGUUGGUCCGCGCCGGCUUCAAGCAGGAGCUGCACGUGCUGCUGUGCAUUGCCGAGAACAACGUGUCGCCCAUUGCAAACAAGCCCGAUGACAUCAUCCGGAUGCUAUCCGGAAAAACGGUUGAGAUCAACAACACCGACGCCGAGGGCCGGCUUGUACUUGCUGACGGCGUGUUCUACGCCAAGGAGCGGUUGAAUGCCGGAACGAUCAUCGACAUGGCUACCUUGACCGGGGCUCAGAGCUACGUUACGGGCAAGCUGCACGCGGCGCUGCUCACCAAUUUGGAGGACAUCAGAGUACGAGGU